AUGGCAUUUGAUCGAGACGCCAAGCUGUUCGACGUGCUCGCCAACGGUUACCAUCUCAACACCCAGCUCCAGGCAUUGCUCGUCGGCCGUCCCCUGAAUAGCAUCGGCCAGCAGGAGGCCAUGGCGUUCAGCCAAGAGCUCUCGCGAGUGUUCAAGUUAUCCAUGUCCAUGCUGAACUGUAACACAGUGACAAGAUUGAGGACGGCGCCGGAGAUAAGGGCCGGCGAUAGCUCCGGCGUCAUCAUUCAGGCGGUGAAGGAUAAGCGUGCAAGGAGUGAUAAUGGGGAAGUGGUUACUCCCGUCAAGAAGAGUAGAGAAGAUGGGGUUACUAGAAAGGAGAUUACGGCCUCGCCAUACAAGGAUGGUUACGAGUGGCGAAAAUAUGGGCAAAAGAACAUCCAGAACUGCAAUUAUGUGAGGUACUACUUCAGGUGCAGCCGCGACCGGCGUUGCGAAGCGAAGAAGAAGGUGCAGCAGCAGGACGACGGCAGCGGCCGGGGCCAGCCGCUGUCGCCUCCCAUGUUCGAGGUGACCUACGUGAACGAGCACACGUGCCAUCUGCUCCGCGCCAUUGCCAACGACGGCGACGCUGCUAGGAUGGCGGCGUCGCCCCGGACCACGAACCGGUGGUCCCGCGUCCUCGGGGUCGUGGACACCGCGAGAGACGACGACCACGGCGGCGGCGUCCUGUUCAACGAUCUGUCGUCGUCGUUUCCCCGCAUCGGCGGCGGCGGCGGCGACGACGCCCAAGAGAACGAGACGAUCGUCUCGUGCCUCGCGACUGUCAUCAGCGGAGGAGCAGCGCCGUCGCCGCCCCCGUGGCCGCCAGCAGCGGCCGAAGCGGGCGCGAGCGAUCAUCCUGCUGCAGCGUCGUCGUACGGCGUGCCGCCGCCGAUGCAGGCCUCCGGACACUCGGCGAGCGUGGCGGAGGAUGGUGGUGGGACGACGACGACGACGACGACGAUGAUGAUCGACGACAUGGACACGGACUUUUGCUGGGAUCCCUCGUCGUUUUGUGCGGUGGGGGAGGGAGAUCAGCUGAUGAUGGACCACCGCGACAUGCACGUGGAUGUCGCCCGGCUCGCGGACACGGCAGGCAUGUUUCGCAAAAACAUGCUUGCAUGGAAGCUGCAGCAUGCAGGAUCACUGAUGGUGACAGUGAAGUGA